AUGGAGAUCGCGAAGGAAAUAAAGCUGAUUACCAACGUGGAAGUCUACCAAGCGCUGAAAGAUUGGAAGGGAGAUAAAACGCUCUCUGGAAGUGGAGAAUUUCCAUGGACAAAAUCAGCCGUAAUGCGAUAUCUCGAAAUGACGCCUGCAUGCCACCUCUCUGACGAAAAGAUACAGAAUUUUUUACGCGAACUGGAAAGUUUUGAAACAAGACACGGAGUUCACCUGACUCCGAACGAAAAGAUGCAAAUGAUAAAUAUCGUUCCUGUUCAAGCUGUCGAUAUACACACUAUGAACUGGUUUCUAUUGUAA